AUGGUGGACACAGCUAUGGGGUCAGCAACUCUUGACUAUCUUCGAGCCAACACAGGCCUGAUAGUCCUCGCUUUGAUUCUGAUCGUGACCUCGCGAAUUCUCUACUCAAUGAUUCGAGUUCGUUUGCAGUUCUACCGCCUCCAUAAACAGGGCCUGCCUGUGCCUACAUACACAUAUGCAGCUGGAAACCUUCCGAUGCUGCCAGGCCUCCUAGCGAAACUUCCCAAAGGUGCACAACAAUCGGACGCAUUUACACUACUAUCCUACAAGUUUCCCAAACACGAGAAUUGCUUUUACAUUGAUGUCUGGCCAUUUACACCUAAGCCCUUCCUAGUUAUUACAAGCUUGGAACUCGCAGUUCAAGCGUGUCAGACCUAUUCGCUACCGAAGCCGGCGUCGCUCGUCGAUUACUUUCACCCUUUGACGGGAGGCCCGAAUAUGUUCACGACAAAUGGUCAUGAGUGGAAAUGUUCCCGUGAACUCUUUAGUUCCGCCUUCAGUGCCAGCACAAUAAUACAGCAGACAGAACGUAUUUUGCAAGAGGCUGAAGUUUAUGUAGAGAUUCUGCGGGAACAUGCGCGCAAGGGCGAUACAUUUUCUCUGGAUAGGUUGACCUGCGAUUAUAUGAUGGACAUCAUUGGAUCGGUUGUGAUAAAUGAUCACCUCGAUUCACAGCGCAGACAGAAUCCUCUGGCAGUGGCGAUGAGAACCCUCAUUGAGUGGCACAUUCAGGAUGAAGAGAUGAACCCGUUUAUACGAUGGAAUCCAAUCCGGUAUGUGGUGGAGUGGUACAAUUCACGUGUAAUGGCCCAGUAUAUCGGAAACGCACUGGACAAGCGCUACGAGACCUGGAGUCGAAACAACCCUUCAAACCGGGCCAAGUCUAUCAUGGAUCUUGUCAUUGCAGAUUUCAUGCGUACCCGACCCACAGACCACAGACUGGAUCCUGAGUUCAAAAAGUGGGCCACCAUCCAGGUUCGAACCUUCUUAUUCGCAGGACAUGACUCCACUGCCGCAACAAUUGCGUACAGUUUCUAUCUCUUGUCUAAGCACCCGGAGAUUUUAGCUCAAGUCCGUGCUGAACACGAUCGGGUUUUUGGAAUCGAUACUUCCACCACGGCUCAGCAGCUAAAGGAGCGCCCGGAGUUGGUCAAUCAGCUUUCCUUGACGUUGGCGGUAAUCAAAGAGGUAUUGCGUCUAUUUCCUCCUGCAUCUGCCUUGCGAGAGGGCCAGGUAGGUGUCGAUCUGAAGGAUAAGAACGGUACGAAGUACCCAACGGAGGGGUUCCUUCUUUGGAUCCUUCAUGGGUCAAUCCAACGCAACCCGAAUUAUUGGCCGGAACCUCAUGCUUUUCUUCCAGACCGAUGGCUAGUCGGUCCUGGGCAUACUCUUCACCCUCCAAAAUAUGCUUUUCGCGCUUUCGAACUCGGCAAGCGGGAUUGCAUCGGCCAGUCGCUAGCCAUGUUGGAUAUCAAGAUUACUUUAGUUCUCACGCUUCGCGAGUUUGAUUUUCAAGACCAGUACCCGGAAUGGGACCGACAGCACCCUUGCGCCGGAAUCAAGACGGUUUUUGGCGAGCGUGCAUACCAGGUUGCCCAAGGCGCAUCGCAUCCAGCAAAUGGGAUGCCUUGCCGAGUCAUUCAGCGUGAAAGAAAAGCUACUCCAUGA